AUGCCGACCCCUCGAAUAUCAUCAUUUCCCGCCCUCCAGUUGACUGUACGCCUACGCCUACGCCCAUCUGGCACGCACGAAAAUGCCUAUCGAUUAUACAGCACUGCUACCGGCGAUCGGACGACCGCAAACCGAGACGGCGCAUCCAAUGAUUUCUCGGAAGCGUCACACCUGAACCCCUCCCCGGAAGACUACUCGAGAUUCAUUUUUCAGGACAAAUGUCGCUCGGUGAUAUAUGCUGGGUCUGGUGGUAAUGGAUGUGUCUCGUUCCUUCGGGAAAAGUACGUCGAAGAAGGACCUCCGAAUGGUGGCGAUGGAGGCAGCGGCGGAAGCAUCUACAUCCAAGCCGUCGAAGGCCUCACCAGUCUGCACAAGCUCGCCCGACGGGGCAUCAUCAAGGCCGGACGGGGGAAGAACGGGCAGGGCAAAAGCAAGGGCGGCAAGCGGGGGAACGAUGUUUUGAUCCAGGUGCCCGUCGGCACGGUGGUGCGGGAGGUGGACAGGUAUGACCCGGUCGCGGAGGAAUUGGCCCGCCUGAAGAAUCGACGAAAGGAACCGGACGCGGAGCAGGACGAGCUGGACACGAUCGGGUUGCCGUCCAUUCGCCACGACCGCUGGGUCCUGUACCCUGGAGCAAACCCCUCCGACUUCCUGACGACGGUCUUUCCGAAGAAUCCGCCGCGACGACAGCAUAUCGCCGCUCUGGAACCAAAGGCGCCCAUCCACCUCGACCUGUCGCAUCACAUGGACAAACCGAUCUUGCUGGCGGCGGGUGGUGUUGGAGGCCUGGGCAACCCGCACUGGGUGUCGCGAUCGAUCACGCGCCCGAAGUUCGCGUCUCGCGGCGAGGGCGGCAUGCGCUUGGAAUUGGAGUUCGAGCUGAAGCUGCUUGCAGACGUCGGGUUAGUGGGAAAACCCAAUGCCGGAAAGAGCACAUUGCUGCGGUCUUUGACCAACAGCCGUACGCGGAUCGGCAACUGGGAGUUCACCACAUUGUCGCCGAAUAUUGGCACCGUCGUGAUCGAUGACUACAAGGGGAGACCGCUGGUUGAGUCCAAGGGCAAGGCCCCACGCACCAACUUUACCAUAGCAGAUAUCCCCGGAUUGAUCGAAGAUGCCCAUCUUGACAAGGGCCUGGGAUUAGGGUUCCUUCGACAUAUAGAACGGGCCGGAAUUCUGGCCUUUGUGGUGGACCUCAGCGCGGGAGACCCUAUCGAAGGCUUGCAGAAGCUGUGGCGCGAACUGCGUGAAUAUGAACGCAUCCGCGACACUGAACCGCCUGUCGAACAUGGGGAAGACUCACUAACAUGGGUUCCGCCGACGCAUGGCCUGCCCGAGCUUCAGCUCGAGGAGGAUGAACCGCCGCUGAGCUCCAAACCGAGCCUCCCGUCUCUCCGCCUGCCGCCCAUUCACACGAAGCCGUGGUUCGUUGUUGCCACCAAAGCCGACCUUCCUGAAACCCAGGAACAGUUCAAGCGACUACGUGAGUACCUGAUUGCAGUCGAGAAGGGUGAGGUAGAGCAUCCCGGCGGUCAUCCCGAUGGUUGGAGAGAGAAAGUAUGUGCUGUUCCCGUCAGUGCCAUGAGAGGUGAAGGGGUUGAUCGCAUUCCUAAGCUUGUGAUGGAGUUUCUGGAGUGA